AUAGGUAUAAUAAUAAUGCAUAUUAUUAUUGCCAAUAAGUAAUCCCGCUCACCGCGGCCGUAGACUGUAGUGUAGUGGUCGAUCGUCGCCGCGUUCGCUACUCCUCUUUGUUGUCGUCGUCGUACCUAAAAUAUAUUAAAAAUUUCCUAUUCCGUCUUGCCUACAACCACCGUUCUCGUUUUCAUUUAUUAUUCACGAAUUCAAUAUAUUUAUACCUUUCCGGUCUUGUUUGCUUUUUGUUAUACAUGUACCUACGCGACAACGAAUCGAUGAGUGGAGCCCUCUUAAAACGUGCACGCUGCUAGUAACACGCGACCAGAAAGAAGGUCGUGCAAACCGAUAUUAAUAAAAAUCCAAAUCUGAUGUAAAUCGCUAUAACCAACCAUGGUCGUGAAGAAAGAGUACAACAUUGAUUGGGUCUUACCCAAACUCAGGAACCGACGGAUAAUUUGGAACGUUGCGUCUUGCAUCACAUUAGCUGCCGUCGGUAUAUUCAGCAAGAUUUUCAUCAAAUGGUUUAACAAGGCAAAAGUGUACAACCUUGUCUCAUUUGACAAAGCGAUCAAUCGACCCAAGCACAUACCACUCAUUACAGUAUCUAAUCACGACUCAUGUUUUGAUGAUCCUGGCAUUUGGGCCGCACUUGGUUGGAAGAAUUUAAUAAUGUCAAAUAAAAUGCGCUGGGCAUUGGCCGCUAAUGACAUAUGCUUUACAAACCCAUUCUGUGCACAUUUUUUUAUGCUUGGACAAUGUGUGCCGACCAUUCGAGGUGCCGGAGUAUAUCAGGAAGCAGUUAAGUUUGGUGUAGAACUAUUGUCUAAAGGUAAAUGGCUGCAUGUUUUCCCUGAGGGUCGUGUUAAUAUGACCAAAAAUUACAUACGCCUAAAAUGGGGAGUUGGUCAAAUGAUAUAUGAAUCCCCUAUUUUACCUAUUGUUGUACCUAUUUGUCAUGUUGGGAUGGAAACUAUAUUGCCUAAUGAACCGCCAUACUAUUUACGAACUGGUCGUAAGGUAACAUUUAAUUUUGGUGAGCCUAUAGAUUUAAAAGGAUUAGUCUCAAAAUUGAAAGAAUCCAAUGCGACUGAGGAAGAAGCUCGUAAAUUAAUUACAGAAAAAAUUGAAGAAGAAUUGUAUAAAUUACAAAAAGACACAAUAUUGUUACACAACAAGUUAAAUUCUUGACAGCCUGGUUUGCGAGUAAUAUUUUUAAAAGCUAAAAAACAACAGAAUAUUUAACAGCGUUAUGUAACUUAUGUAUGUUUAUUAACAAAUUAUAUCUGUUUAGACAAGUUACAGAUAAUUAAUUUAACUGUAUGUUUUAAUAUUGUUUUUAAGUAGUUUAUUUAACAUCACAUAUUUUUAUGUAUAAACUUAAUUGCGCAACCAUUAUGAUUAUCAUUUGGUCCUCAACCUUAUAUAUUAUAUAUAUAUUUUAUUUUUCAACAAAUAUUUUUCAUAAAUGUACCUAUUUAAAUAUUUUAAAUAAAAAGUAUAUUUUUAUUUGACAUUCCUUUAAGAAUGUCAAUAAUUUCCGUCCAAUCAAGUAUACAUGAAUGAUAUUUAUUCAAAAUAAUUAAUAAUUAAUAAGAUAAUGUCAUUUAAUUAUAUUUUAAUAUAAAAUAUACUUUGUACUUAAUUUCAACAGAUACUUUUAUCAUGGUUAUUUUAAAAAUGAGCAUGUCUAGUCAAUCUCUUAAUAUUUUUGGGGAUGUAAAAAAAACUUAAUUAAGACAUUUUUUUGCCAUGAAUAUUAAGAGACUUGAUUUUUAUUGGUUUCAUCAACUGUAACACACAUUUAUUGUAACUCUUGCCAAUAUUUUAUUUACCAAAUGCAAAUUAAAUUGUGAUUUUACUA